AAGUCGAUACAUCACAUUACGGUGGAUUGACAUCGUCUCCACGUUGGUCAGGGGCAUCGACAGGGGUCUUUGAGCCAAAUAGGGGCUCGAAGCGAGACGUCAGCCCUGAGUCAACAAAGCCAAAUCAGACUUCGACAAGACAAGAUCUAUCCCCAGACGAAGGAUUAUAUGAUUUCAAAUGUGAAUAUCAUCAGCAGCAACAAAGCAGGGGCCAGGCACAGGAGUCCAAGAUUAACGAAGCAGACAUCGACUGUGCCCGACAGAUCGAGUACUCCUUUAAUGCACCUCCUUUUCUCACAGAGACAUUUGAUGCCAGAAUCCGAGCUGCCGCCCAUCCGCUGCUGGUCCCCUAGCAUGAAGUCGAAAAGAAGUUCGUCGGGAUAUCAAAUUUCUUGCCCAACUUCCAUGACGAGGGACUCAAUUUUGAGUUUCGAACACGGACAGCACCAGCUCGGACCCUUUUCCCCGCCACGACGCAAUUGACGAAUCUGGAACAGAACGAAUCUAUGUCUUUCAACAACACACGAAUGAUGUCUUUGCUUACUUCACUCGUUGAGAUGUCGUUGAGAUACUCUCCUUGGUCAGGAUCGAACUUCACAUCGGGUAACGACUUUCCUACGGCCCGGAGCGAUUGUCAUUACUUUGCUGUAGGAUGGAAGCGAACUACCACUACCUUCCCUGACUUAUUGGCUCGAGUUGGAGUGAACAAGCAGCAUCUCAAUGAUCUUAAUGCAGAACAUGGACAGAUUAUGCGUGAGCUCUCGGUGCUUGAGGAGCUCCAAGGCCCGUUGAUACGCUUCCUGGAGGCCACAAGAAUGCAGUAUUGGGAUGCCAAGUUUGACUUCAAUAUCAUGGUCAUGGACGAGCUCGAUCGUUUGAAGACUUAUAGACGGUUAUUGUUAGAGCGUCUUGAGGCGAUCCGGAACGAGAUGGGACAUCUCGAUGGCAUAGAUGUAGGACUGGAUAUGGAUCACCUCUCUUUGGAGGAGGAAGAUGAACAGUUCCGACGUUUCGAAGGUAAUGAAUCCCAAUGCCAUUGGCAUCACAACUUCCAUACCGAUCAGCACGACUCACCAGUCAGCUUCGAAGAGAACCAUGGCAUACAUGAGGAGAAAGCUGUGAAAAGGAAGGCUAAACUUCAGCUCGAAGAGUACAACAAACGCUGGGAAUCGAUCCUCUCUCGGCCUCCAAACGCACCCUCCAGCUCCACAGCUAUCGCUCGUCCUAUCACCGUACCCUACCCUGUCCUCUCAAGCACCGCCUCAUCCUCGUCCACUCCAACACCUUCCACCUCCCCAGCCUGGGCAACGCACAUCUUCUUCUGCCACGCCUUCAACCUGACUCCAUACCUCGAACCCCAUCCACUAAAGUCACCACUCUCACCUGACAGACUCGCAUUCUAUGCGUCCGGGCCGCGAGAGAGCCAGAUAAAGGAUCUGAUGGGCCUGAGGAGUCAGCUGAAGAUGGAAAAGGUGCGCUGGCAUGAGGAUCGGCUAAGAGCUGUGUUUGGGGAUGUGGCGGCGAGGGAAGAGAGGGCGAAGGCGGUUUGGGCCGUUGUUGUGGAGUUGAAGAGCGGGGUUGAUGAAGCAUUGGCGGGGUUGGAGAGGGGUUGAAAAUAUUCUUUUGUAUGCUUUCUUUUGCUUUUGAAACGCUGGACAGACACGCGAAAUUGAUGCCAUAAUGACGAGAUUUAGCGCUCAAUAUUUCUUUUUCGAUAAUAGAGUAAUAUGGCGGCACCCACUGGUGGAUUGACGCUACUCAGCCGCUCAUAAACCUCACUAUUGCCAAUACAGCCUCCACAGUCAAGAUCGAACAUUUUCAGAUCUGUUUCUUAUUAUUCCUUUUGCUCGCAACUUAGCACUGAUUCGUGACUAUUUCCUCUUUGUGUAUCUAUAACGAUUGAAAAUAUACUAUCUGAUGUAUCUGUUUCUUUAAUAAAGAGUGAUAGGAACGCCGUAGACCCUGAAAACCUCUCAGGAAAACAAAGCAGUAUCUAAAGGCGAGAGUUUCGACUCUCACCUCAGAGCUGUCUCUACCCCCCUGUUUAGCCCCCCUGUUUUCGUCGAUAUUCGCUGUGGAGGCUGUAGGUCCCUGCCGAUCAGACUGUCAAAAAACAAGCCAAGAUCAGAGGCGGCAGGCCACAGACAGAACGAUAGAUUGACAUUCUUCAUGAUGCUAGAGCCAGGGGAUGAACCUCAUCAUACAUAAUGCAUGCAAUCAUUUUUUUUUGGAAUACGUUAUCCCGUCAAACCAAUCCUAUUUCAUCCCAUCUCAUUUUAUCCAAUCCAAUCCGACCCAGUGCAGAACCAGUCCAACCCGGUCCAGAGAGAUAGAUCGAUAGAAUAUUCCAAUACUCUCGAUGCCCUUAUAACCCCAAGCAUGCAUGAAACCUAAUCGUUGUUGAGGCCUAUCA